CGCCCCAUCCAAGGCUUCCUGCGCCCAGAGCCCUCUGCCUCGGGACCCCUGCCCCCCACUGGGUGGGUUGUGCGGGUGAGGUAGACUCCAGCUGACGGGCUCCGUCGCGUGUGGGGAAACACAGUGGCCGUUCUCUGUGGCAAAAGCCGGACUUAGUACUGGAGGAGUGGGAUACAGAGCGAAGGAAGGGAAACGCAAAUGAACUGAUUGAACUCUCCUAUCAUGAAAGCCAUGGAGGACCAAGUUGUUCAGGAAGAACAAGGAUACCAGGAUGAUGAGGAAUCAUUGUUUCAAGACAUUGACCUGUUACAAAAGCAUGGUAUUAAUGUGGCCGAUAUCAAGAAAAUGAAGUCAGCGGGAAUCUGCACAGUCAAGGGGAUCCAGAUGACCACCAGAAGGGCCCUGUGCAACAUCAAAGGCCUCUCCGAAGCCAAAGUAGACAAGAUUAAGGAGGCGGCCAACAAGCUCAUCGAGCCGGGGUUCCUGACUGCAUUUGAGUACAGCGAGAAGCGAAAGAUGGUGUUCCACGUCACCACGGGAAGCCAGGAAUUUGAUAAGCUCUUGGGUGGUGGAAUUGAAAGCAUGGCAAUUACAGAAGCUUUUGGGGAAUUUCGAACAGGAAAAACCCAGCUUUCUCACACUCUCUGUGUGACAGCUCAGUUGCCAGGAACUGGAGGCUACACAGGAGGAAAGGUUAUCUUCAUCGACACGGAAAAUACUUUCCGCCCAGACCGUCUUCGAGACAUCGCUGACCGCUAUAAUGUGGACCACGAUGCUGUCCUGGACAACGUACUCUAUGCCCGAGCUUAUACCAGUGAGCAUCAGAUGGAGCUGCUGGAUUACGUGGCUGCCAAGUUCCAUGAGGAGGGCGGCAUCUUCAAGCUUCUGAUCAUUGAUUCCAUCAUGGCGCUCUUCCGUGUGGAUUUCAGCGGCCGAGGCGAGUUAGCGGAACGGCAGCAGAAAUUGGCCCAGAUGUUGUCUCGACUGCAGAAAAUAUCAGAAGAAUACAACGUGGCCGUUUUUGUGACCAAUCAGAUGACGGCUGAUCCAGGAGCAACUCUGACUUUUCAGGCAGACCCUAAAAAGCCCAUCGGGGGUCACAUCCUGGCCCAUGCUUCAACAACAAGGAUCUGCUUGCGCAAGGGAAGAGGAGAGCUUCGAAUCGCCAAAAUUUAUGACAGCCCCGAGAUGCCUGAAAAUGAAGCCACCUUCGCAAUAACAGCUGGAGGAAUUGGGGAUGCCAAGGAGUAGGUGGAGAGCUGGUGCGCCUCGGGGGGGGGGGCAGAACUGGCUCCCUCAGACCUGAAGAAAGGGAAGAAAACCACAGAUUCAGCGCAUGAAGACAGGCUGUGUUUUUUCACAUGAUUCAGAGUGUUGACUAAUGCGAAGUGGGUAAAAGAGAUAAAAAUUGUUCCUUGCCUUUUAA